AUGAAAGAGAAUCAAACCCCAAACAAGGUCUUUGCACGCUCCGCAGAUAAUCGCAAUGGCAGAUUCAAGGAUUUUCCAUCCAAGAAGUCUAUCAAGAUCGCAAACAAGAGCUUGAAUGCAGCAUUUACAUCCGUUUCUGAAGAUUCCGUGGAUUUAUCACCGAUCUCUGAGAUCUCAGACGUAAAUCGCAGCGAAGAUGUCACAAGCUUCUUGUUGGAAGAACCUACCUCGUUGGAUUUGCUUCCGUCUUAUAUAACUCCUCCUAAAAAGAUCAGUGACACAACGGGAAUUAGUUCCACUAAUUGUUUUGGUACCAAUGAGUUGGAUAGUUCCAAGUUCGCUUCUGUGGAGGCUGAGAUUGCUGUGAAUUUUCUCAGAAAUGUUAAACCUGAGCUCCUCAAUUCGGUUAAUGCUGCUCCCCAAUAUAGAAAGCUUAUGGAUGAAAUAAUUGAGUAUGUCAUACAAGAUUUCCAUACCAAUACCCUGCCAGAAGAGGGAGACAACUUUGCUCAAGUUCUUUCAGAGAAAAAUCGAAUGCUGUUUCUAUGUAUCUUCAUUUGGAUCGUUGGGGUAUCGGUUGUGAUUUUCUUCACUUCAGAUAUUCAUACUACUUACUGUGGACCUAUGCCAACUUGA